AAAGCCUUCUGCUGUGGACACCAGCACAGAACAUUGUCCUCAAGGUCCCUCCUCCCAGUGAGCCAACAGCAGACACAUCUCUACCUCUCCAGGGAGCUUCCUGGGGGCUUCCUUCCGACUAGACUGUCCUUGCUUGUCCAGCCUUCCUGCUGCCCCCACGCUCCUCAGCUACAGCAAUGAGGUCCCAGCUUCUGCUAUCUGUAGACCACCUGCCCACGAUUCGGGAGACUUCAGAGGAGAUGCUGCCCGCGAGACCUGGGCAGGAGCCGCCAGCCUCCCCCAGCCUGGAUGACUAUGUGAGGUCUAUCUGUCAGCUGGCACAGCCCACUUCUGUGCUGGACAAGGUUACAGCCAGGGGCCAACCCAACAGAUCCCCCUGGAUAGCCCGUGCCAGUGGGAAGAGCCAUCAGGCUUCGACCCUACUGGACAGCAGCCCCUGCUUCAGUGACCAGCAGCCCACACUGCCCUCUGCUGGCAUUGCUGACCCUCUGGACUGGCUCUUUGGGGAAUCCCAGGAAAAACAGCCAAACAGGAGAGAUCUGCCCAGGGGAACAUGCACCUCUCCUGGCCACCGGAAUGCAUACAGACAAAUCAACAGCAGCAAGGCCAGAGGGGCCCCCAGAGAGAGGCUCUGUGAAGCCAGGGUGCCUGGGCGCUCUCUGGCAAGACCAUCACAGGAUGGGCACCAGAGCUCCAGUGUGCAAAGCUGUACUUCUGGGCAGCCCAGCCGGGCCACAAUUGUGCCCUGCCACUCCCGCCCCAGCAGCAUCCUCAGAAGUCUCUACCUGCACCUCCCUGUGAUCCAUGAAUUCUGA